AUGUCUUCUCUAAUAAGUACUAGUGAUAGUGAAAAUUCUCUCCCUUCAGUCGGAAGUCACUUAGGUUUGUUGAAAUGUAAAUGGGAUGAUUGCUCUUCAAGCUUUACACUUUUAAACGACUUAGUAAACCAUUUGCACGAAGACCACGUAGGUCGUAAAAAGGCAAAUUAUACCUGUGAGUGGGAUAGUUGUCCGAGAAAAGGUGCUACUCAAACCUCACGGUUUGCUUUGAUCACUCACUUAAGAAGUCACACUGGUGAGAAGCCGUACGAUUGUAAAGAGCCGGGUUGCGAAAAGAGUUUUACGCGACCGGACUCAUUAACCAAGCAUAUGAAGAGCCAACACGUAGAUCCACGAAAGAAACGUAUCAUGGAAGAAGGUCAAAGAACAUAUAAAAAACGAAAAUUGUCAACGUCUCCGGAAGAUGAUGAUGAUGAAUCACAUACUUCUCAUAGUCUUCAAUCUAGUAGGCAACCGCGUUUAAAUAAUAAUCAACAUCACAUUAUAUCACGACAGAGAUUGAAUUCUUCUCGUCAACCUUCUGAAAGACCAAGACAACAAUCGUCUUCACGUCAACAGUCUGAAAAUUCUUAUCCAAAUCGUAAUUACACAUCUGAUGAUGAUACUUCGGUAUCUGAAGUUUCGGAUGUAUCUUCAACAGAUGAUGAUAAUGAUAAAUCUUUUUACGAGAA